AUGCGCAGUGACCCAGAUGAGAUCAAAUCUCCUCAGGCUAUGAUGAUGAAUGCCAUUCUGGCCGAGAUGGAGGUAGGCCAGCAGAAGCUGGAAGCUGGCGACGGACCGCACCUCGUGUUUGUCAACGGCUUCCCGCGUAAAGAUGAUGGCUACCACUUCUGGAAUGGCCUGGAUGCAGUUCCCAAGCCUUCGCUCUGCCUCGUGCUGGAAGCACCGGAUGACGUGCUCCGGGCACGUGCGGAACAGCGUAGCCGGGCGCCACACGACCUCGAGGCGAAGCAGGUUGAAGGAGAUGAGACCAUCGAAGACAAAGUCAAAGGAUACCUCGGGCAACUGGUGCUGGUGGAAGGCUUUCCGCGAACUGCAGCAGAUCUUCAGGCUUGGACAGGCAUUGAGCCCGCGCCACUGCUGACUUUGGACUUCGAUUCGGGCCUCCAUCUCUCCGGCUUUGUGCGGAGCUUUUCCGAUGCAUCGGCAUCGACCGUCGCGGCGGUCACCAAGCUACUGCGGAGCUGCCAGCCGCUCCAUGCAGCCGUACCCGAGGCCUCUGUGCUGCUCCUGAAGCACUGGCUCGGCGCUGCCCGAUACACGAAGAAGUGGUGGGAUCCUGCCACCUUCGAGGCUUCGAAAACGACAUACCUGGCCUACAUGAAGAGCCAGGUGUCCGCGCACAACACCUACGAUCCGAGCUACUAUAUUCGCCCUUCGUCGAGCCCUCCACUGAAAGCCUGGCUUUGCUGGCUCGCGCAUCUGCUCUACGCCGAGCCGUACCAGAACUUCUGCACGACGGUGCUCAAGCGCUCGGUCGGGCCCUUGGCGCCUCCAAGCUCGGCCGGCUAUACGAAGGCUGGUCGCGCGCCCUUCACGGAGUCGGAUGUUCAGGCUCAGCGAGGUAUCAAAAGUAAAGUCGCUGUGCCAUCGGAUGCGCUGGCUGGUGUUCCCCUCGCAUUUGUCGAUGGCCUAGCAGCCUUGGAGGCAGCUGGAUUGUCACCGCUGAGCGACCCCAGGGCAUUGAUCUUCGGCAUGGAGCAGGAUGGUGCCAAUGCUGCGUCUCGAAUCAUGGAACUGCUCGGUCUGUACUAUCGUCGCUUCCUGAUCGUCAUGGGUGAAGCAGGGCCAGAAAGCAAAGCCGGACCUUCGCCAGAGAUCGACUGGAUCUGGCAUGCUCACACGACGCAUGCUAUGAUCUACGGCGACGAUUGCCGGCACUUGUUCGGACAUGUGAUUCCGCAUGUGCCGUGCAAGCCUUCGCAGUCCUCGCAGAAGCCCGCAGUGCCUGACUCGGGCCAGCUGGCGAUGUCCGAGCUUACGAGGACGCUUCAGGAGGACCUGAUGGCCUUCGCAGCCGAAGGCUCCGAGCAGCUGGCAACGGCCUCCUCCUGGCCUUUCCGCCGGGAUCCGGCCGAGGAGGACGAUGUGAUCACUCUGGGCUGCUUCAUCUCUGGUGGGGAUCGCUCCUGGCUCUCCGAGCGCCUAAGAAGCGUUGGUGGCACCCUUGGCCAGGCUCUGUGGCAUUGCAUGCAAGCUCCGGAAGACUGGAGCUGCCCAAAUCCGUCCACCUCGUCCAUGCUACGAGACCCUGAUCUUGUGGAGGUCAUUGUCCGACUUCUCUCCGGUGAGACGCUCCUGGAGAAAGUGAUGGCCAAGGACACGAAGAUCCAGGAAAUUGAGGUCCUUCUGCGUGAGAAAGGCGAGAAAGAAGACCUGAAGUUCUUCGUUGACGGAGAGGAGCUGGCACGAACACGGCUUCUGGCCGAGACUGCGGUCAUGGAAGGCAGUGUCAUCAGCUUGGUCCGUGUGAAGAAGCCUCCGCCUAAGCCACGUCCGAAGCCUGUGACCGUAGCCCGAGCUUGGAGCCCCGACUCCGUCCGCUGUACCUGCUUCACUGACUCCUGCGUCUUCCACGUCCUGAAAUCCGGUCGACAGGUGCAGAAAACCAUGCGACAACUGAAAGAGGGGGAUGUGCUGCACACUGGAUCUCCGGUGAGGGAAGAGCAAUUCCGGCGAGUGACCCGGAUCUGGCAGUGUCCUACACUGGGCGAAUCUGCCACGGUCGAAGUGAUACCCGGUUGCCGGCUCACAACCGGGCAUCCCGUGAAGAUGGGUGGGACGUGGCGGCGGCCAGAGAGCUGUGGUGAGGUCGAGCUGACCCACGAGAGACAAGUCUACACGAUUGAGCUUGAAGGCCAUGUCGACACUGUCCUGGUCGGCCGAAGCAUGCAGGAGGCCGUCGUCGUGGCAGCCCUGGGGGUUUACUGCGGAGAGAGCUUCGGGUGGAACCUCUUCACUCGGAAGACACGCCCAUGUGAGCAGCUGAACUGCGCCAAGUGCGCCGUGGCCGUGGUUCCAUCCCUUGAUUUCCGAAACGUCACUUCAGACAUGAUGGCGGUGCGGUAUCCCCCCUACUAG